GGGAAUGGUGGUGUGUUGCUGUAAUCCAAAAAUCUCUAGGCAGGAUGUGAAGUCUUUGGUAAGUGGCAGAUUGGUAUUGUCCAUGUGGAUAUUGAAAUCCCCCAGCAGCAUAAUGUUUGGUGAGUGAGAGGAUAGAUGGGUGAGGAAUGCAGCAAAGUCAGUUAAAAAGUCACUAUUGGGUUUUGGGGGCAGUAGACAGUGGCAAUGACGGUUGGAGUGGGACCAGACAGUUUACAGACAGACGACUCAAACGUGGUGGAGACGGGCACAGAUACCGGCGAGACUUUCCAGGUCUCGCCGGUUUCCAAUAUCGCGAGACCUCCUCCCCGACCAGAGCCACGGGGUUGACAGGUGUAAACAAACCCACGAGGAGUGGAUUCGUUGAGCUGGGAGUAGUCCUGGGGCUGUUGCCACGUCUCAGUUAAACAUAGAAAGUCGAACUUACGGUCUGUGAUGAUGUCUUGGAUGAGAUGUCCCUUGCCUGUCAGUGUCCGGGUGGAGGUGAAGAGCCUCUGGCGUUGGUCCAGGCAGGUGAUGGCGCAGCCGGAGCAGGUCAGUGGCCGAGUACUGGAUUAGACCCGCCACUGGCAGGUGGACGGGCAGUACAAAGAGCCAGACACAGACAAACAGGAUGAAUGUCCUACCGGCCCACAUUGUGGACGAGGACUCAGGCAGCGCUGACGGCCAGAAAACGCCAGGUGAGGAUCACACCGGGACAGGACAGGUGAGCGAAAAGUGACAGCUCACGUAAACGAUAGUGCCAGCAGUUUUUAAAAGUAUUCCAGAAUGAUGGCAAUUUCGCUGUCCGAUUAGAUCAUAGUAACAUAAAAUAAAAUCAGCCUGGAACGUUAAAAGUUGAAAAGUUACCGGCGAGCAGCGGCAGCUAGUGGAAGAACAGGCUAACAGUUAGCUCUGUAGCAGUACAGUGUGUAUGUGCUAAUAGGCUAACAGUGAGCUCUGUAGCAGUACAGUGUGUAUGUGCUAAUAGGCUAACAGUUAGCUCUGUAGCAGUACAGUGUGUAUGUGCUAAUAGGCUAACAGCUAGCUCUGUAGCAGUACAGUGUGUAUGUGCUAAUAGGCUAACAGUUCUGUAUCAGUACAGUGUGUAUGUGCUGCUGCUGCAGGAGGUGUUCACUUAGAGAUCUCUGUUUGUUUACAACAAGCACCAGACACACUGUGCACAGUUAUCGAUGCUGGUUAAUUCACGAUCACUAUGUUUAUGAGCAGCAGAGAAGACACACAGUGUGAGAGGUAGUGAUGGUCCGCUGACACUUGAAGCUCCGACACAUGCGCGGUAGCUCAUGAAGCAAACGUCCCGAAGCACUGUGCCGAGGCGUGGUUUGGUCACGUGACUCGUGACGUUCGAAGCAGCAAAGUGCUUCGAACGUCACCGAAUCACCAACAGUGGAAGUGAACCGCUACCUCGCUGAUCCUCCACUAGAAAGAACUUCAGAACUGCUCACAUACUGGGCAAACCACAAAAAUGUAUAUCCCAAUCUUUAUCAAGUUGCUAAACAUUUCUUAUGCACCCCAGCCUCAUCCGUGCCGUGUGAACAGGUUAUUUCCAAGGCUGGGGAAAUUGUAUUGAAAAGAAGAAACCGCUUGAAUCCCAAAACUGUGGAAAAACUGUUGUUUCUAAUUAAAAAUUCAUAACAAGUGACACAAGCACAGUCACUGCCCUGUUUUUCAAGCACCAUAUCUUUCCCCACCCACCCAUGAAGCUCUUUACCAAUGAACCCCAAAACAUUAUUUGCCAAAUUCCAUAAUAUAAUCUGUAUUUGCGCCAGCCCCAUGUGAAAAGGGACCUCAGGCCGGAUUCGAACCCGGGUCCGCCGCAGCACUUAACCUUAAAGGUAUGCGCUCUACCGGUGUAAGCCACCGGGACGCCUUAUAAAUCAUCAUUGUUGUUGUAUUCAGUCGUGUAGUUGAAAACAAAUGCAUGAAUCACUCAAUGACACGUCUCGAUUGUACUUCAUUUUAUUGACCACUAGAUGUCCUACUGGAGCACUGUGUGUCAUAUGUCAGCCAUCACUAGUGAGAGGACAUCUGAGAGGGCGUGGCCUGAGACUCCUCCUCCUAAAGGAAACACGACUAUGUCUUACAGCUGAGUCCGGGGAGGACAUAUUCUCUGUUCUCAGGUGAUGUUGCGGAGUGUAUUCAGGUGCCUGAGGACCAAUCUUGUUGCUGGCCAAAGAAGUAUGUCUCAGAGUAGCCUUGCUGGAAAGGUGGCCAUAGUCACUGCCUCAACAGAUGGAAUCGGUUUAGCAGCAGCUCAGGCUCUGGGGAAGAGAGGAGCUCACGUGGUGGUGAGCAGCCGGCAGCAGGCCAACGUGGACAAAGCUGUGGCUCUGCUGCAGGGUCAGAGCAUCACGGUGACCGGGACCACCUGUAACGUCGACAAAGGAGAAGACCGAGAGAAACUGGUUCAAAUGACUCUGGAUCAGUGUGGCGGUAUUGAUAUCCUGGUGUCCAACGCAGCAGUGAACCCUUUCUUUGGGAACACCAUGGACUCCACAGAGGAAGUCUGGGACGAGGUCCUGUCUGUAAAUGUGAAAGCAGCUGUUCUCAUGACUCAGCUGGUGGUGCCUCAUAUGGAGAAGAGAGGAGGCGGAAAUGUGAUAUUUGUGUCAUCCGUCGUUGGAUACCAGCCGAUGCAGGGUCUGGCUCCUUACAGUGUGAGUAAGACGGCUCUGCUGGGUCUGACCCGGGCGCUGGCCCCUGAGCUGGCUCCCAGCAACAUAAGAGUCAACUGUGUGGCCCCUGGAGUCAUCAGGACCCGCUUCAGCUCUGGGUUGUGGGAAAAUGAAGACCUCAUGGACGAGUUCAAAAAGAAGCUCUGCAUUAAAAGAAUCGGAGAGCCGGAGGAAAUCGGCGGCGUGAUCGCCUUCUUGUGCUCUGAUGAAGCUUCCUACAUCACUGGAGAGACCAUCGCCCCGACCGGAGGGAUGGCCAGCCGACUCUGAGCUUCACUGGAGGAAAAAACACUUUGCACUUGAUUGUUUUUGUCCCUGCUAAUAUCUCAAUAAAUUACAAUAUCACGGAAAAGUCCAUUUCCAGUAGUUCAAGUCAAAUAGCCACAACCACGUAUUGAGUCAUAUACAGUAUGUGCAUGUGACAAAAAAUACACAAAUUAUGACAAAAAGGACACAAAUUAUGACAAAAAAUACAAAAUUAUGACAAAAGACACACAUUAUGACAAAAAGGACACAAAUUAUGACAAAAAAGACUAAAUUAUGACAAAAAAGACUACAUUUUUAAAAAAAAUUGACCACCCUUGUUAUCUUCAAUUUCUUGUUCAUUUUAAUGCCUGGUUCAAGUAUUUGGA